AUGAAUGUUUGUGAAAAUCUAGCCGCAACAUGGAAUGUAUUGAAUUCUGAGCUUCUAGCUCUACACAAUGCUUAUAGACGAGAAGUAAAAUUUGGCAAAGUUCCAGAUCAACCACAAGCACUGCACAUGACCAAACUAGAAUGGAGUUAUCAAUUAGCUGAAUCGGCUCAAUUGUGGGCAAAUCAUUGUGUACCAAUACGAAGUAACAUAUCCAUGAGGAAUAGUUCGAAAUGGACAUAUGUUGGUCAGAGUGUAGCUGUGGUUUCACAAGUUAAAGAUGCAGUGUCUUUGUGGUUUGAUGAACACAAGAACUACAAUAUCACUAAAAAUACUUGCAUGGAGAAUAAAUUAUGUGCAGAUUACAAACAGCUAGUCUUUGCCGACACUACACACAUUGGCUGUGGCUAUGCAAGAUGUAAAAACCUGAAUGCAUCGAAGAACAUUCUGGUUGUUUGCAACUAUGGACCGGGUGGCAAAUACUCCAACCGAGUACCCUACAGCGAUAUAUAUCCGGAUGAAUUACCGGCUUACUAUUUAGUCUGAUGAACUCUUAUGAUCGUUUAUCACAUUCAAUGAGAAUAAUAUUCAAACUAUAUUCAGUAUAUUCUAAAGGUUGUGCACAUUUUCCGUUUGUGUGAUUGAUUGAUUGAUUCAGUGAGAAUUUUAAUUUGUUUUUGUCAAAAUUUCUUAUUCCAUUCAUUCGUUCAUAUGAAUAAAAGUUGACUGAUUCAAUUUGUUAAUUGUUUCAAGUGUGUCUUGCACAUUCUCUUGUUUUAUCUUACAUCUCUCGCUCUGUAUAGCAAUCUCAUUAUGGUUUCUACAUGUGAAUGCUGUGUACAAGUAGGUAUGAAGUUUAUUUGAGAAGACUAUUUCGUGAUUGCCAGUAUGUCGAGUUUAGUCGACAUAAGUGAUAUUGAAUAGAACUCUAUUAUGAGUUUCGUAUAAUGGACAAUUCGGUGGCUUACAUGUGACUGUAAUUCUCCGUGUCGAUAUUCACACAUCCUUCAUAAUGAAUACUGAUUCACAACCUCCAUUGCAAAGAUCUGUGACAAAUGGAAAUGUUGUGUACAGACAUACUGACAUUCAAGUUUAGCCUAGACCUAUUCAUCCCUUUAACUCUCACAUCAGUCGCUGAUUAUCGAAUCACACUUUCAACUACAGCUCUCACCAGCACCAAUUUCAAUGGAAGUAAUGUUUGUAAAUACAAUUCAUGAAAGAAUUACAGUUACGUAUAAACUAUUCAGCAUUUUAC